CACACCGGUUCACACUUUAGUUCCUACAGGAAACGCACAGUCCCUGAUUAAAAACUGAUAAUUUCGAUAAAUUGUAUUCGCGGUCGGAGGACAAUCAAAAUGACAUUAUUUUAGUUCGUUUUAAAUACGUAAAUGUGCUUCCAUUGAUUUAGUGUAAUGUAUCACGAAAGCCCACAACAUUAGUUUUCGUGUUUUUAAUUUCUUGGAUAGUGUUGUCAAUGUUGUGCUUUUCGUGAGUUUUCGAAAGGCACAAAGAAGUGCAGACCUAUGACUAACGUACACAAUAACAUGUAAGAAUCCCUGUCAGCCGGACUACUCUUCAGCACUACUGCCACUUCUGUUGCUCCAGCAAUCACAGCGAUUAGACAUGGCUCAUGAUUUCCUCCCAGGCAUGGAGAGCUCUGCUAUCUCUGUCCUGAAGAGAGCUGUGGAGCUCGAUCAUAGCUCACGCUUUCAGGAAGCUCUGGUGUGUUACCAGGAAGGGAUCCAGCUCCUGUUGGAUGCCCUCAAAGCUGUUAAAGAUGACUCAAAGAAGGUCCACUACAGAGAGAAGAUCAAGGGCUACAUGGACCGAGCGGAACAGAUCAAAGACCAUGCAAACAAACUGAAAGAGGAGGGCAAAUACCAUGAGCAGAUAAAGAUAGCUGACAGUUCCACUGGUUUCAGCUAUGAAUCCCUCUUUAAACCAUACAUCAGAGACGGACUGACUGAAGUCUGGGUGGAGGACCCCUAUGUACGGCAUGUCCAUCAGUUAUAUAACUUUCUUCGUUUCUGUGAAAUGCUGCUGAAAUCUCCAUGUCAAGUAAAGACGAUUCAUCUUCUGACCUCACUGGAUGAGGAACGCUCCGCUCCACAAACCAGUGCCCUGGCAGAAAUAAAGCAGUCGCUACAGUGUCAAAAUAUCUGUCUAGAUAUUCAGUACUCAUCUACUAUUCAUGACAGGGAGAUCAGGUUUAAUAAUGGUUGGAUAAUUAAGAUCGGCAGGGGACUCGACUAUUUCAAGAAACCAAAGGGUCGCUUCUCUAUAGGAUACUGUGAUUAUGAUUUGAGAGAGUGUCAUGAGACUACUGUGGACGUUUUUCAUACUAAACACACUAAGAAGACUUCAUCUUAAAACGCUUGCCUCUAAAGCUGCUCCACUGUCUGGCAUAUGUAUGGGACUUAAUUUCAAAUGCAGUCCUCACACAGCUACCUGCACGACUGGAAAUGUGCCAUUUUGAGCUUUUUAAUUAUGCGGAAGAACUGUUUUUAUCGUCUUUUUUUUUUAUAAUGUGCUGAUAUGUAUUGCAGGGGAAUAUACAGAGGCUCCUGACAUCUACUUGGUUCAUUGCUUUACUCUGGUGUUUUUAAACAUUCUACACACUGAUAUUGGUGUUUAUUAUCUGGUGCCUCUGUAAUUAUGCUAAAAACCAAAGUUCAGUUGUAAAUAAGUGCCCUAAAUUAAAAUGAUUGGUAAAAGGCUAUUGUUUUUACUGACUAUGCUGAUUUCGAUUAAAUCUAUAUUCUGUGCAACA